AUGUUUGCUGCGCCCUUUGAAAAUACUGCUGCUGCUGCAGCUGCUGCUGCUGCUGCUGCAGCUGCUGCUGCUGUAGCUGCUGCUGGAAGUAAAGCUGCUGCUGAUGAGCACCGACUACGCCUUGCUGCUGCUGCUGCUGCCGCUGUUGCGGCAGCAGCUGCUGUUGCUGCUGCUGAGCUGCUCCUGCAGCGGGCCUGCAAACAAGUACACAGCAAGCAGCAGCAGCAGCAGCAGCAGCAGCAGCAGCAUUACAAACAGCAGCUGCAGCACUGCUGCUACAAGCAGCAGCAACAGCAGCAGCAAGCACGACAGAAGCAGCAGCAACACAACAACCGCAGAAGCAGAACCAAAGGCAGCCGCAGACACCACAGGAGAAGCAACAACAGCAGCAACAGCAACAGCAGCAGCAACAGCAGCAGCAGCAGCAGCAGCAGCAGCAGCAGGCAGGAGAAGCAACAACAGCAGCAACAGCAACAGCAGCAGCAAACAGCAGCAGCAGCAGCAGCAGCAGCAGCAGCAGCUGACUGUAGCGGAGGCAGAGCCGCUGCGAGGACGUCCAAAUCCCCAACCCCGAAGAACAGAGCAGCAACAGCCUGCAGCAAAAGCAGCAGCAACAGCAGCAGCAGCAGCAGUAACAGCAGCAGCAGCAGCAGCAACAGCAGCAGCAGCAGCAGCAACAGCAGCAGCAGCAGCAGCAGCAGCAGCAAAACCAAUACACACAUGAACGCGGGAGACGCUACAAGCAGCCACAAAAUAUUCACACUGCUGCAGCCUUGA